AUGGCUCCCACCCGCAAACCCUUCACAAACGCUCAAAACACCGUCACAACCGCGACCCCGUCCCGCCGACGCCGCUCCUCCAACGACCCCUCCAAGAAGAAGAGGCAGGCCGGGGACAAGGACGCCGCAAAGAAGCCGCUCAAGCCGUCGUCCACCUCUCCCAACGUCCCGCGCGCGCGGGAGUACAGCGUCCCUCGGCACCUCAAGAAUGUCAAGAGCGUCCCCCAGCACGCGCCCUUCGAGCCGCGCAUCGCUGCUGCCGACAUCGAGGUCGCCUGCCAAGCUGCGGAGGCGAAGGCACGCGCGGCGAACAUGGGCCACCUCGACGAGAUGCAGCUCGGGCAGGAGGCCGCUGCCCUCCUGGGCCCCGGCCUGGACCGCGUCCCUGGACGCGUCGUGUUCGGCGACGACGCGCUGCGCAAGUACAGCAAGUCGGCGGGGCUGAACGAGCACGUCCAGACCGACGAGCGCGACGUCGUGCGGUAUGAACACCCGGACGCAUGGGAACGCCGCCAACGCGCGAAAAGCCGCCCCCCGCCUCUCCCGCACACCGACCUCGAGCUCCCCGUCGUGUGCGUCAACAACGCGAACGCCUUCGGGAUCGACGCGAUGCUCACAGGCCGGCACGGCUUCGCGUGGAUAGUCACCCCGGAGUGCUCGGAGCUCGACCGCCUCGGGCCGUUCCACUUGUUCAACAACCCGGGGCCGAUGGACAGCUGGUACAUCCGCAAUUGGCACUAUUGCGGCAGGUACUACGCUCACCGGACUGGGCGGCAGAUGAACCUCGACGGGUGGCAGAAGCUCCCUCAAGCGACCAAGGACGCUGCGACGGGCAUCAACACGGCCGUCCCAAGCGGGCUGUGCGUCGAGCUCGUCAUCCUCCAGUUCUGCGGGCUCCCCGACUGGACCGUCUGGGGUAAGCUUCACGAGGCUGCUGCUAACUGUGUUAGGCCCGCGAAGCCUCCCGGCACUCCCCCGAACCGUCUUGCUCUUCCGAGGCUGUUCGCGAAGCACGGACAGGUGCUGAUCGACGAGCACGCGCACAUGCAGUCCAUACGCCUGACAGGCCGACGGCUAUAG